GGAAGUAUCAAAGAUAUUACGAUGCCGCACGCGUGAAUCACGUGGAUAGAUCCUUGAAAUUCACAGGCACUACCGUUCCCGUCGUCAAACCCUAAACCUAAAUCAUAGAAAUCAUCAAAAUCACCGGAAAAUGGGAGUGGAGAAGGAAGUCGUGAGAGCCGGAAAUGGGCCCAAACCACAACCUGGUCAAACUGUCACCGUCCACUGCACCGGUUUCGGGAAAAAUAGAGACCUGAAUCAGAAAUUCUGGAGCACUAAGGAUCCAGACCAGCAGCCUUUCUCUUUCAAGAUCGGCCAAGGCAGAGUUAUCAAAGGAUGGGAUGAAGGAGUACUUAGCAUGCAAGUGGGAGAAGUUGCUCGAUUAACGUGCUCUCCUGAUUAUGCUUAUGGUGCUGCUGGAUUUCCAGCAUGGGGUAUUCAGUCCAACUCAGUUCUGGUUUUUGAGAUUGAAGUCCUGGGUGCACAGUGAGCAUUUUCCCAACAUUUGGGCUAUUCCUAUGUUGUACUCUUUGCAGUAGACAGUUUGGUGAUGGUUAGACAUAAUAUUAUGGCACAGCUUUGAGGGUAUCAGAACUGCUCAUGUACUUUGCAUUAUGCAACUUUUUAAAACAGGCCGAGGCACUCAUAAAUGCUUUCUAGCUUUUCUCUGGAUAAUGGUCGUUCUAAGAUGAUACACCUUUUUUGCAUUGGCAACGUCCGUAGGGACUUGCAAUAAUCUAGAGAUAAGGUCGUGUAGUAUAUUGGACGAAGGACUAACCAAGAACGAUGGCUGGGGUGUUGAAUUUUCAUGUGGUGGUCGUUAUGGUGAGUGUUGCCAUAGCCACCAGUUGAUCUUCUCUGAUUUCUUCUUUGAUCAUGGUUAUGAUAAUGACUAGCGUGUUAAAGCUCCCA